AUGAAUAUGUUGGGAAGCAUGUUUUCGACGGUCAAGCCGAGAUUGGAUGAUCUCGGCACGGACCGUCUCAAUUAUUACUAUUCGACACUUAUUAUUAUGGGAAUGUCGUUGACGAUCACUGCGAGACAGUAUGUCGGAUCGCCGUUGCAGUGUUGGGUGCCCGCGCAGUUCACCAAAGCGUGGGAACAGUAUGCCGAAGACUAUUGUUUUGUGUACAACACGUAUUGGGUCAAACCCAAUGACAAGGUGCCACUUACAGUUGAGGAAAGGGUGUCCCAACAGCUUAUUUACUACCAAUGGGCACCUUUUAUUAUGGCUAUCGAGGCGGCGUUCUUCUAUUUGCCGGUGAUAUUUUGGAGUAUGUUAUCGACUAAAUCUGGAAUCAAUAUUAUCAAGUUGGUGGAGACCGCGCAGAAAGCCGAGGGAGCCGAGUCAGAAGACCGAAAAAAGCAAAUCGACAUCAUCUGUCGCCACAUUUCCAACAAUCUUCGAAAACGUCGUACCGAGGAGGAGACGACGAAGAUGGCGAAGAUUCAGAGGAUUUUCGGAAUGCAACACGGCAAAUUUAUCACAAACGUCUACCUGGUGACAAAGUUCAUCUACAUGCUCAACUCGCUCCUCCAAUUCUACUCGACCAACAAAUUCCUCGGUCAAAAUGAUCCGUACUGGGGGAUGCGUAUUCUAGAUGAUAUUCUUCAUGGGACCGAUUGGGAACACUCGGGAAAUUUCCCCCGAAUUGCUAUGUGUGAUUUUCAGGUCCGAGUACUCGGCAACCUCCAGAGGCACUCAAUUCAAUGUGUGCUCACAUUGAACAUGUUCAACGAGAAGAUCUUCUUGUUUUUGUAUAUUUGGUUCCUCUUGGUGUUUUUCGUCACAUUUUUCGAUUCUUGCUUCCUGAUUUAUAACAUGUUCAGCAGCCAUAAAAUUGUCGAGUUUUUGCAACAAUUCCUCGACAAUCAAGAAGUGGAUGAGAAUGAGGAGAAGAAGCCAGACGAGGAGAAGAAGAAAGUGUAUCGAAAGGAGCAACACGCGAUUUUACUUUCAGAGUUUUGUCUGCACAAAUUCACUCCGGAUAUUAUUAUUCUUCUAAAAAUGAUUAACAACCACACCGGAGACAUCGUCUGCACCGAGAUUGUUGGCAGAAUGUGGAAUGAAUUUUUAAAACGUGACGCAAAACUAGUGCUUCAACGGUUCGUCGACAACGAUCACAAUAUCGAGACGAAAUCGUCAAGUCUGAAAUCAGUGCAGUUGUAUGAAGAGCAACGGAGUUUUAUUUGA